AUGAGUGGCAAAGUUGUUGUGGUAACUGGCGCGAGUGGAGGUAUCGGCUUCGAAACCGCAUUGGAGUUAGCAAGACGAGGUGCUAAAGUGAUAAUCGCAUGCAGGAGCCACCAGAAUGGUGAAAGAGCGGUCCGAAUCAUUAGCAAGGUAGCCAAAAACAAACGGGUACGCUACAUACAUUUGGACCUCACAUCAUUAGCGUCCAUACGAAAGUUUUGUGAUGAAUUAAAGGCGUCUGAAGCAAAAUUGGACGUGUUGAUAAACAACGCCGGAGCGAUUUGCACGAAACGACAGAGGACUACUGAUGGUUUGUUAAAAGAUGAACAAAUCAACUAUUUUGGACCGUUUCUAUUAACAAUUCUUCUAGUUCCCAUGUUGAAGCGGGUCGCAUCCAGUCGUGUUGUGCUAGUUUCUUCAGCAUGGCACAAAUUAGGAAGGAUUGAGAGAGUCAAUGACGAAAAUGUAGGUUAUAUACAAGCAUAUGCAACUAGUAAACUAUGUAAUAUAUUGUUCUGUAAGGAGCUGGCUAGACGCUUAAAAGGUACCGGGGUUGUUGUGAAUAGCUUAAAUCCGGGACAAGUGAAUACGUCAUUAUAUAGAAGUUCAACCGUUUUGGAAAAACUGAGAAGUCUAGUGCUAUAUUUCUUUUUUAAAACACCGUCAGAAGGUGCACAGACCUCAGUGUAUUUGGCAGUAUCAGAUGAGUGUGAUACGGCAAGUGGAAGAUAUUUCGAAGACUGUAAAGAGGUGAUGCCUAGCUCCAAAACGGAUGACGAUGAUACGGCAAGUCACCUAUGGGUGAUGAGCGAGGAACUUGUGGGUUUAAAGCCAGAUGAGUUAGCUGAUGUGACCAUUUCCAAAGGAUAA